UUCUGAUGACUCCGCCCUUUUCUCGGUCUCUCCGGUUUUGUACUGUCCACGCCGAGGCGGCUUUCUUCACACAACAGAGGCAGACUAACGCAAAAUGGCCCUCCACGUUCCCAAAGCACCGGGCUUUGCCCAGAUGUUGAAGGAUGGCGCCAAGCACUACUCGGGUCUUGAAGAGGCAGUCUUUCGCAACAUCAGAGCUUGCAAGGAACUUUCUCAGACAACACGCACAGCUUACGGGCCCAAUGGCAUGAAUAAAAUGGUCAUCAACCACUUGGAGAAACUGUUUGUCACUAAUGAUGCUGCCACCAUCCUCAGAGAACUGGAAGUGCAGCAUCCAGCGGCCAAAAUGAUCGUCAUGGCAUCCCACAUGCAAGAGCAGGAGGUGGGGGAUGGGACCAACUUUGUGCUGGUGUUUGCCGGCGCUCUGCUGGAGGUGGCGGAGGAGCUCCUCAGGAUGGGGCUUUCCGUGUCAGAGGUCAUUGAAGGAUACGAGAAGGCCUGCAAGAAGGCUCUGGAGAUCCUUCCCGACUGCGUGUGUUCUAAAGCCAAGAACCUCCACGACAUGAAAGAAGCCACGGCGUUGAUCCGCACAGCCGUCAUGAGCAAGCAGUACGGUAACGAGGACUUCCUCUCUAACCUCAUCGCGCAGGCUUGUGUGUCCAUCUUCCCAGAGUCUGGCAAUUUUAAUGUCGAUAACGUCAGAGUCUGCAAGAUUUUGGGUUGUGGAGUGACAGCGUCCUCCAUGCUGCAUGGUAUGGUGUUCAAAAAGGAGGCAGAGGGAGACAUCACCUCGGUUAAAGACGCCAAGAUUGCUGUUUUCUCCUGCCCCUUUGACUGCAUGGUCACAGAGACUAAGGGCACAGUGCUGAUCAACAACGCACAGGAGCUGAUGGACUUCAGCAAGGGAGAGGAGGACAUGAUGGAGACGCAGGUGAAAGCCAUCAAGGAGGCGGGUGCCAACGUGGUGGUCACGGGGGGCAAAGUGGCCGACAUGGCGCUGCACUACGCCAACAAGUACAAGCUCAUGGUGGUCAGGCUGAACUCCAAGUGGGACCUGAGGAGGUUAUGCAAGACGGUGGGAGCUGUAGCUCUGCCCAGAUUGACCGCACCCACCCCUGAGGAAAUGGGUCACUGUGACAGCGUUUACCUGACAGAGGUGGGAGACACUCAGGUGGUGGUCUUCAAACACGAGAAGGAAGACGGUGCCAUCUCCACCGUGGUGAUCCGAGGCUCCACUGACAAUCUGAUGGACGACAUUGAGCGAGCCAUCGACGACGGAGUCAACACCUUCAAGGUCCUCGUCAGGGACAACCGUCUGGUACCUGGAGCAGGAGCCACUGAGAUGGAGCUGGCCAAGCAGAUCACCUCGUUUGGAGAGACCUGUCCAGGUCUGGAGCAGUACGCCAUCAAAAAGUUUGCAGAGGCCUUUGAGGCGUUGCCGCGCGCCCUGGCUGAGAACUCUGGCGUGAAGGCCAACGAGCUAAUAUCCAAAAUGUACUCUGCACAUCACGAGGGGAACAAGAAUGUCGGCUUUGAUAUCGAGGGAGACGGCCCGUCUGUGAAGGAUGUAGUUGAGGCCGGCAUUCUGGAUCCCUACCUGGUCAAGCACUGGGGCAUCAAACUGGCCACCAACGCCGCCAUCACGGUACUACGAGUGGACCAGAUCAUCAUGGCUAAGGCCGCAGGGGGACCCAAGGCUCCCAAGCAGAGGGGCCACUGGGACAAGGACGAUUGGGACGAGGAGCCUGAUAAGUUUGAAACUCACCACUAGAGGGCGCACACAUGCGAUCAGUAGGUUCUGGAAUGUGCGUGUGAUUUGCCUGGGGGAGGGGGACACCCAAAAUCCGCACAGGUCUACUCCCUCUCCGCUCACGGGACACUGACGUGUGUGAAAUGUUUAUUUUCUUGCUUGUCACUACUAACACCUUGACAAGUAAAUAUUAGAAUAUUUACUAUAAUUAAUUACUAUAAUUACUAUAAUUUUGUGGGUUGGGGAAGGUAAGGCAGGUCACACCAAAAGUUUGGACACCUCUGUGUUACACAAUGUAUGAAUAAUACUGUAUCAUGGUGUGAUUGCAUGCUGCAUGCUCAUUUAAUGCAGUGUGUCGCAUGUAACCAGCAGAGUUUUAGGAAGGUCACAUUACAUGUGCUACAUCCGUGUGCCUUUGCAGCACUAAGGUGCCGUAUGUGCUCAUGAAUACUUGAAACACCUCAUCUGGCUUUCUUUUCUUACUCUGGAUUGAUUUCAUAGUGUCCACUAUUGAAGGAAAUGUUGGCCACAGUGAGACUUUUCAAAUUACU